CUCCAGCCUGCUGUCCCGGCUCGAGCCGACUCCGGAGGGCCCAGCCUCGGCGCUCCGCCCCCGGCCCGGCGGGACCUGGCCCUCCUUCCUGGCCAAGGUAGAGGAAGCGGGGUCCCGCCUGGACCGGAGGCGGAGAGACCCGCUCCUGUUGUUUUCCGCCCGCGGGAGCGGGCAGGCGGGCGCAGGCGGGCGCAGGGGGCGGGGUGCGCCCUACCUCCCCGGCCUGGGCCCCUGGGAGCACUGGUCGCAACCCCGACGUCGGGCUCAGCCGAGAAUCCAUCCUUCCUGGAGGCUCAGGAGAGUAGGGCCACUCUGCCGUUCCGAGGACCUGGGAGGAGCGCUCGGUACCCCGGGUCGCACACCCAGCCCAGCCGGAGCCUGCUUUUGCUGAGCCCGUAUCUGCGACGAGAUGGCCGCAGGCGGCCGGGCGCCGGAGCUCGGUGCCCUCGUCUGCCUCGGGGCGCUGCUGGCCGGCUGGGUCACCGCAGGAUUGGAAGCUGUUGUCAUCGGAGAAGUUCAUGAGAACGUUACCCUGCACUGUGGCAACAUCUUGGGACCAAGGGGCCUGGUGACCUGGUACCGGAACACCUCAGGGCCCGUGUUCCUUCUCUCCUCCAAUUCCAGCCUCCCUCCAGCCUCGCCUCGCUUCUCUCUGGUGAACUUCAGCUCCCUGCACAUUGAGGCACUGAACCUGCAGGAUGAGGGCAACUACACCUGCCAGGAGAUCCUGAAUGUGACUCGGUGGUUCCAAGUGUGGCUGCAGGUGGCCAGCGGCCCCUAUCAGAUUGAGGUCAACAUCUCGGCCACGGGAGAGCUCCCCAAUGGCACCCUGUAUGCAGCUAGGGGCUCCCAGGUGGACUUCAGCUGCAGUAGCAGCUCCUGGCCUCUACCCAUGGUUGAGUGGUGGUUCCAGGCCCAGAAUUCCUCGGGCGAGCCCUUUGGAAACAACCUGACGCUCAGCUCUUUCACACUGUUUCUGAUGUCACCAAACCUCCAGGGAAACUACACCUGUUUGGCCAUGAACAUGCUCAGCGGGAGACAACGAAAGGUGACCACCGAGCUCCUGGUCUACUCCCCGCCUCCAUCAGCUCCUCAGUGUUGGGCAGAGAUGUCAUCAGGAUCGUCUGUGCUGCAGCUCACCUGUCGCUGGGAUGGGGGCUACCCUGACGCUGACUUCCUCUGGACAGAAGAGCCAGGAGUUGUGAUCAUAGGGAAGUCAAAGCUGGGAGUGGAAGUGCUGAACCAGUCCCAGUUGUCAGAUGGCAAGAAGUUCAAGUGUGUUGGGAGCCACAUAGUGGGGCCAGUGUCGGGAGCCAGCUGUGUGGUGCAGAUUGGGAGCCCUUCCCUCCUGUCUGAGCCCAUGAAGACGUGCUUCGUGGGGGGCAAUGUGACACUCACCUGCCAAGUGUCUGGAGCCUACCCCCGUGCCAGGAUCCUGUGGCUGAGGAACUUUACCCGGCCCGAGGUGGUCAUCAAACCCAGCAGCCACUACCUCAUUACCCAGGAUGGUCAGAGCUCUACCCUCACCGUCUGCAACUGCUCCCAGGACCUGGAUGAAGGCUACUACGUCUGCCGGGCUGAGAACCCCGUGGGGGUGAGGGAGGUGGACAUUUGGCUGAGUGUAAAAGAACCUUUAAACGUUGGGGGAAUCGUGGGAACCAUUGUGAGCCUCCUUCUGCUGGGACUGGCUAUUAUCUCAGGGCUUGUGUUAUAUAACAGCCCCAUGUUCUGCUGGAAAGUAGGAAACACUGUCAGGGGACAAGACAUGGGUGAUGUCAUGGUUUUGGUGGAUUCAGAAGAGGAGGAAGAAGAUGAGGAAGAGGAUGUUGUAGAAGAGGAAGAGGAGGAAAAUGAGAGAGAGUUGCCUAAAGAAAGAGCCAAGCAUGACCACAUUCACAGAGUGACCGCACUAGUGAAUGGGAACAUAGAACAGAUGGGAAAUGGAUUCCAGGAUCUACAAGAUGACAGCAGUGAACAGCAAAGUGACAUCAUUCAAGAAGAAGAUAGGCCAGUUUGAAGAAGAUUGUCUAUCCGUAUCUUCUUAAAAGCUUAGAUGAACUCUUCAUUCAGCUUUGAUUUGAUUUGCAGCCCUGCUGGGGGCUUGCAUUAGCAAUGUUUGGAUCUCUCAGCAAAAAAAAGAAAAACACACAUUUUUCCUUCCAUUUUAAAAAAAACCUGGUUUGAUUUGCUGUUAAGUUUUCUCAGCAAUGUCAAAAUGCUUUGGAAAGGAACAGUGUACGUGGGAAAGCUGAAUUUGGUGUUUGAGGUGCCGCUUUGGCUGAUUCCUGGCUUUAUCCAGGUUGACCUACCGGAACAGACACUGAUGUGGAGGGAGUAUGGGUGAGAGAAGCACUGACCUUGGUGCCCUUUGCGACUAUUAAAUGCUUAUAAUCAGCUUGCUCUAGCACAAAAGGGAGUAUCGUGGGGUGAUGGGGAAACUUCCUUAUUACUGCCCAGGGGAGCUUGUGACCAAGGAACUGGGCAAGUAUCAGCUCCCUGGGAAAGAUAAGGUUUUAGCAACCAACGUAAGUCAGAGGAGGGCGGUUUGGUUCAGUCUCACUUUGUCACCCUUGGUAGAGGGCUGUCGUGGCUCCCAGCAACCUCAAACUCCUGGGUUCAAGUGGUUCUCUUGCCUCAGCCUCCCAAGUAGCUGGGACCACAGGGACCCACCACGAUGCCCAGCUAUUUUUUAGAGACAGGGUCUCCCUCUUGCUCAGGCUGGUCUCAAACUCCUGAGCUCAAGUGAUCCACCCCUCCCACCCCUUGGCCGCCCAGAGUGCUGGGAUUACAGGCAUGAGCCACUGCCUGGCUGCUACUUUUGUUUCAUGGGCUCAGGCAUGUUUUACCUAUCCCUGGGCCCCAGUAUCUUCACGUGUAGAAUGGGCAAAAUUACACCUAUCUUCCAAGCUUGUGAGGACUAAAAUAAUUUGAGAGAUAAAAGUGCGGAGGAGGUGCUCAAUGGAUGUUAAUUACUCUUUUUUUGGCCUUCCACCUAUUUAGUGGAAGAAAAGUGUUAACUGUAAAUUACAAGCUGCUGCCUAUUCCUUUCAUUCUGCUUUAUAGAAUGGUUCAUAGGAGAGCAUUAUCAGAGCGCUCCUGACAAUUUUUGUUUUCCAAAGAGGUAGCUGAUAAGAGGAAGAGCCUUUCAUUGUAAUCUCACAUUUUGCAGAGCUUCAUAUUUAUGUUAUAUAAAAGCCUCCUACGUGAUACACUGAGUUUUCAGAACUUUCCCAUUGUUCAUUUCUCCCAUUGUUUUGAAAGAAAGCAAAGGCAUUUUUAUAAUGGAGUACCUGGUGAUAAGAGCUCCUUGGGCAAACCAGUUCAUCUGGCCUGUUUCGCUCUCUUGGAAAUGGGAACAGGAAAGCUUGUUUUUUUCCUCCUCCUCAAGAAUAUCAUGAGGGUACCUGAUCAGUAACAUUAAAUUUUGAAUGAAGAUACUGAUGAGUUUACGCCACUGAUGUUUCCAAUAGAUCCUUGUACAGUUGGAAAUUUAAUUUUUCUGAUUUCAUUGAAGGUUCUUAAAGUCAGGGACCUUAGAAAGGUACAGUGAAUGUGUGCUAAACUGAAAAUCUGAGUUGAAUUUGUACUCUUUAAUGUUGCAUAUCCUGGUUUAAUGGGCAUGAUCUAGGGCUUACAGGGGAACUUCCCUUCUCCCAUACCAAGAGCUGAGAUUCCUAAGAUGAGAAGUUGGUUAUUGUCUUACGUAACCCUGCAGGUGUGGUUGGGAAAGGUCUUUCUUGGGUGACAGGAUCAAACUUAACAAUCACCAAAAGGAUGCCCUGUCCCCAGCUCAGGACACUGGGGAGUUUAGAAGCUAACUGCAAUUUCUACUCCUCAGGAAUAGCUGUGAAUCAACGUUCCACCUGGGUAGAUCUUUUGCUACAUGGUACCUCAUACGUUUAAGCAUUCUCAAUAGUGCAAAUCACUCAGGUUGCUUCUAAAGUCACAAAAGACUAAGCUUGUCUUUCCUUUAGAGUCUUCAAUAACUAAAUUCCAGAAUUUAAGAGUCCACUAUUCAGAAGCAACUAGAUUUUUUAAAAAAGAGAAAGGAAAAAGAUAAACAUCCCUGGCUGGGAAUGCAGAGAAUGUUCUGCAAGAUCAGCAGGAUGUUUUCCACAACUUCCUUUUCUCUUGCACACACAAUUUAUGAUAGGAAAUACUUAAGGGUUUUUCCACUAGCAAAUGGGAACUUUAAGGUCUUGAUGCCAAGCACUAUAAACCCUUGGCCAGGUGAGCUGUGACUGUUGUCACUUUUAUUUGAGCCCUGUAUGGGUUAAAGCCCAGGCACUGGAUAGCUGCAAAUUUUAGGAAUUCUUAAAGAUUUAGGGCUGCUUUUAAGAUAUCCAGGCCCAAAUCCACAAGCAUGUUGACAGUGGAUUAUAGCAUUUGUCUGGCAAAGUCCAAGUUGUUACAUUGUGCUUUUUAAUGCAUGUAUUGUUAAAAACAGAAACCUAGAGAUCUACUUAUCAGAACCAGGAAGAUAAACACUUCAGAGCCAUUAACAACUGAUAUUUCUUUUCCUCAAAAACCCGGUGGACCCUGGGGAGGGGGCUCCACAAUCCUGUGGCUUUUAUGUUGGUUCCAGUUCUCACAAUCACAUUCAAGUUGUCUUAUUGAAGUAAGAAAACAGGUUGGAAAAUUUCCAUAACCCAUGCACUGAGGCCUGGAAUAUCUUUAUCCUUGCUGGGUAAAACUAUGAUGCAACAAGUGCCAACUAUUUCUCACCAUGGGACUGGCCAGGAGAGAAAAAUAAGCAGAUCCCUUACAUUUUAAUAUGUAUGUAUGUAGGGAAGGAUGGGAAAAUUCAUCCUGAGGUUAAAAUAAUAGAUUUUUAAAAGAUAAUAAAGUUAUUU